AUGGCGGGGCUGUUUCUAGGAGCUCGUACGGUUGUGCGGCUUCAGGCGGGCCAAGUAUGGCGUUUCCCGCCUCGAGGACGGACGCUGUGGGACCCGCCGGAAGGGACCGUGAGGGUCGUGCGGCGGCAGCAAGAGGCAGUGUGGCUGGCUUCGGGGCUCGCAGGCUUCAGCACUGCCAUGCCGCCACCCCCGGGGCCAUCGGGUUCCGAGCCCAAGGGCCGGAAGGACCCAGCGCGCCCCUCCCAGCCUGGGCCUGUUUCCUGGAAGUCUCUAGCAGUCACGUUCGCUAUUGGAGGAGCUUUGCUGGCCGGGAUGAAGUACUUCAAGAAGGAAAAGACGGAGAAGCUGGAGAAGGAACGGCAGCGAAGCAUCGGAAAGCCUCUCCUUGGGGGACCAUUUUCCCUCGUCACUCACACUGGGGAGCCUAAAACUGAUAAGGACUUCCUGGGCCAGUGGGUGUUGAUUUAUUUUGGUUUCACUCAUUGCCCUGACAUCUGUCCAGAAGAACUGGAAAAAAUGAUGCAAGUCGUGGAUGAGAUAGAUGAUAUUCCCAGUCUGCCAAACUUAACUCCACUCUUCAUCACCAUUGACCCAGAGAGGGACACAAAAGAAGCCAUUGCAAAUUACGUAAAAGAAUUUUCUCCCAAACUGAUCGGCUUGACGGGCACCAAAGAAGAGAUCGAUCAGGUCGCCCGAGCCUACCGAGUGUAUUACAGCCCAGGCCCCAGAGACGAGGAUGAGGACUACAUCGUGGAUCACACAAUAAUAAUGUACUUGGUUGGACCAGAUGGUGAGUUUCUAGAUUAUUUUGGCCAGAACAAGAAGAACGCAGAAAUCGCCGGCUCGAUUGCGGCACACAUGCGGGCACACAGGAAGAAGAGCUAGCUGCGGCAGCGUGCCGCUGCGGGCCGGUGUUCCCUUGUGAAACAAGAAGGAAGCUCUGUCUCCAACGUAUGCCUGUGCAGCCUGCAGAACGGCCUUCGUACCAUGAGAACAGCUCAUUUGGACAGUGUGUUACCCUUGGGUUCAGCCAAGAGAGAUUCUUGGGAAUGAAGGUUCCAGCCAAGCCUCCCAAGUAGCCGCCGUGACACUGGAGGACCAAGUUAAAGUGAAGCCCAUGGAGAUGGGACCUGAGUUCACUGCCUGCAUUUCCCUCAGGAACAGGGCCUCGGAGCCUGUCCCUGGUCUUGCGCCUUUGCUCCUACGGGUAAUGAGACUGAAUUUUACAGAAAAGAGAGUAAUUUCCAUCAUCUCUUGGCUUUCCUCUUGUUGACUUCUUGAUGGCUCCUAACAUGUUAAGUUCCCUGCCAUUCAGAGGUAAUCAUGACACCUGAAAGCCUAAGUUCCGUUUUGCUUGUGAAUGAAGCACUGUCAGGUGUGCGUUUCAUUCUCCUAUCUGCUGGGGCUGGUGUGACUAAUGAAGAAGCAAUCUAUUGUUGGGAGAAAACCCAUAGUGCGAUUUCUCCGGGGUUCUUUUAUGUGAUUUUUAACUGAAUGCUUCUCCGGGUUGUCAGUGACAUUAAUCGUGAGUGUGAUGCAGAGUGUUUUUCUGCAAAUGCUGGGUUGCACUGUGUGUAAAAUAAAAGUAUAAUACUCAGUUUUGCAAUGCAAA